CUACCCGGCCCCGCUCCGCCGUCUGCAGUGCCCUGCAGUGCGGCCACCAGCCGACCCGCCUGAAUGAAGCCCCCAGCGCUUCCCCGCGCGGCGGCGACACGUGAGGCCCAAUGAGGCGGCGCCAUGGGGCCGGGGAGGGUGCCGUGGGUGGUGGUGGGGGCGCUGCUGGUUCUAUCCAGGGUCCUAUCCUGGCCCGGUGCGGCCGCGCUCGACGCUUUGACGAGAAAGGAUAGCGAGGACGCGCUGCAGCUGGUGCACGAUGUGUCGACGGGCAGCCUGGGCGCGCUGUGCCUCGCCAACCAGCACUUCCGGUCGCUGUCCGCCGCCGUGGACCCGCGCCGCUACGACCCGGUGCGCCAGAAGGCCGACAUGGCGGCCCUCGUCCUCAAGGACCUGGGCGUGGCCCACCACGCCGGGCUCCUGGACGCCGUCACCAAGGCCCUGCUGCUGUCGGAGCGCCACGUGCUGGCGGCCAGGAUCCUGACGCUCAACGCCUCCAACGGGGACGUGCUCAACAUGGUGGAGUGGAAGUACGACGGCGAGGGUCUGUCCAUGUCGGGGCCGUCGCGCACGCACCCGGCCAGCCUGCCCGCCGACCCGGCAGACCUGCCCUGGUACGAGGACGCCGCCACGUCGCCCACGCUGCGCUCCCCCAAGUUCGUCGACUCGCCGGCCAACGUCAGCUACAAGGGCUGGUGGACCUUCCCCUACUUCUCGUGCUCCAACCGGCGCUGGCUGCUGUCCUACAGCGUGCCCGUCGCGCCCACCAACCGCCACAUGACCAAGGGCUUCCUCAGCCUGGACGUGGACCUGUCCUCGCUGGAGGUGAACCAGUGCGAGCCCAGCCCGCGCGUGCCGGGGUGGGCGCGGCGCGGCGCGGCGGAGCAGCACCAGGUGGCGGUGUUCCACGGCACCCACAAGUGCGACAACGUGACCACGCAGUGCGUCCACAUUCCCGGCGCGGGCUGGGCGAGGGGGAGCUACUACUGCAGGUGCAGGCCCGGCUUCUACAGCCCCAAAAACAAAGGCAUUUUCAACGGCACCGUGGUGGAGCAGGCGUGGCAGGAGUACGAGGAGCAACAGAUCCAAGAGGGCCAGCAGCCGGGGCCCCAGCACCAGGCCCACCAGGCGGGGCGGCGCGCGCCCCUCUCGCUGUUCCAGUGCCUCAAGUGCGCGCCCGGCUGUGACACGUGUCGCGGCCCCGACCCCUGCCUCGCCAACUACAACUGGCCCUUCAGAAUCAGCCUGCUGGUGGUGUCCGUGUGCUGCGUGGUCAUGGUGCUGGCGCUGGCGGCCUACGUGUUCCACAACCGGCGCAUCAAGGUGUUCAAGGUGGCCUCCCCCAUCUUCCUGGCCAUCACGCUGCUGGGCUGCGCCAUGAUGUACCUCGAGCUGGCCGCCAUCUUCCCCGUGCUGGACCUGUACUCGUGCAUCGCCACCAAGUGGACGCGGCACCUGGGCUUCUGCAUCACCUACACCGCCCUGCUCAUGAAGACGUGGCGGGUGUCGCUAACGUACCGCGUCAAGUCCGCGCACAAGGUCAAGCUGACGGACAAGCAGCUGCUGCAGUGGAUGUUCCCCAUCCUGCUCGUCAUGCUCAUCUUCCUGGGCGCCUGGACGCUCAGCAUGCCGCCGCAGGCCGAGGUGAUCCGGGACUCGGCGGGGCUGGCCUUCAAGCAGUGCCAGUACAACUGGUGGGACCACAGCCUGUCCAUCGGCGAGGUGCUGUUCCUGCUGUGGGGCAUCAAAGUCUGCUACAACGUGCGCAACGCCGAGUCCCUGUACAACGAGGCGCGCCUCAUCAGCUACGCCAUCUACAACAUCGCCAUCGUCAACACCACCAUGGUCGCCUUCCACCUCUUCAUCUUCCCGCACGCCGGCCCGGACAUCAAGUACCUGCUGGGCUUCAUCCGCACGCAGCUCAGCACGUCGGUCACCGUGGGACUCGUCUUCGCGCCCAAGGUGGUGCGCGUGCUGCGCGGCCAGGGCGACCAGUGGGACAACCGCGCGCGCGCCAGGGGCGUCACGGCGUCCUUCUCCUUGAACGGCAUCGGCCUGGUCCCCGAGGAGACGGCGGACCUCUACCAGGAGAACGAGGAGCUCAAGGAGGAGAUCCAGAAGCUGGCGGCGCAGAUCGAGUUCUCCAAGAUCGUGGCCAUGGAGGUGCACAACCGGCACCUCAAGCCCAAGCCGGGCGGCUACUUCAGCCAGGCCACGGCGGUGACGCUGCAGUCGCCGCAGGGCGGCCAGGGCGGCGCGUCCAUCCGCACCACCACGGCGGCGGCCUCGGCCUUCUCCGCCUUCUCGGCGCCGCAGCCCGGCAGCCUCGCCGACAAGGCCGAGAGGGCCGGCAACAACGGCGGCCUGUUCCGCGGCCGCAACUCCAUGGGGGACGAGUCCCUGGCGUCCAGCACCUCGCCCGCCGCCUCGGCCGAGGCCCUGGGCCUGGCCCUGGGCAGCGGCAGCGUCGGCGACAGGGCGGAGCGGCUGGACCGGGUGUGACUAGAGGUCAAUAGUGAGGAAGUGUGGUUGUGACACGCAGCCGGCGGGGGGCGCGGCCUCGGCCACGGCCAGGGCCACGGCCAGGGCCACGGCCAGGGCCACGGCCACGGCCACGGCCUCGAGCGCGACGACGAGGAGACGCUGCAGUACCGCCUCACCUACGUCUCCAGCAUGGUGUGAGUCGCAGCGCGCCCCCUUCCGGAAGAGAUGACAAGUUCAAGUUCAAGUUAGGGGUUCUAACUCACGGCCUUGGGUUGGCUUCACAUCCGUAACUUGGAAGGAACAGGCUUUUUCUAGAUUGUCGAGAGGAGCGAGCCGAGCGUCGGAGGGAAAAGAGAGUUACCCGACUUGAAGCAUUGGAGGUACGGCCCUGCUGAGCGACGCGGGCAGAGGCAGAGAAGCUGCAUUGUGUGCAACAGACUCUGUCUCUUGGAAUGAGAAGGAUAUUUCGGAUUAAUUAAUGUUAUUUGUAAUCUCUAUAGAUUUGACUGUGUCUGUCGCAAAGUAUUAGAAGGAACUGCUUGCUCUCUUCUUUUUUCAGAUGCAUUGUUUUGCGAGAGAAUGGAACGAUUCUUCUAAAUUGGGUUGCCCCGAAACAAUGCGACUUGCUUUCUUACUGCGUUCAUAGAUAUGCUCUUCAUGUUUGCUGGGCUUUAGAGGUGAAUGGUGAAUGAACCAUGGGGCAUUGCAAACCACUUUUCCUCACUAUUGAGAAUUGAAGCUUCCCAUCGGAAAGGAACAUUUGUAAAUAGUUCAUCAAAUAACGUGUGCAUAAAAUAAAUUGUGCCAAUAUUUUCGAGAUUGGAGUUUAAGAUUGAUGUAGAAGUAAGGUGACAAAUCCGCUGGUGCCAAACAAACAAGAAGUGAGAUGCGACUACACAGGGUGUCUUUUUUAUGUUUGCGAAGCGCAAAGGGGGUACUUGUUGGGGUGCAUGGCGCAUGAAGCGCUCCAACUAUAAAAGCUAAGACAUGCCCUCGGAAAUACAGGAAAACACUCCUGAAAGUCCCUUUUUUUCGUUUUCAAAAUGUUUAAAAAAAUAUACCUGUGUUAGUCAUGGAGGGGGGGUGAUGUGUGGAAUGAAAGACUGAAAGAAGGUGAGAUGCACCAGUAUCAAAUUUUAAGUCAUAAACUAAAAAGCUGAAGGUAUCCCUACUCUGGGAUAAUUGCUAGGUAGAACUGUACAGUGUACAGACACCUUAGCCCUAAAAAUAAGUUGAUAAGAAAGUAGUCAUGUGUGACAUUAAUAUGGUGUGUAGGUCUGCUUCUGACCUUGUUAUCUUCUCCCUUAACUUUAGUGUCUUAUUGUGAGCCCAACAUGUAGAAUGAAUCUGUCAUCAUUUUUCUAUUGAUUUAGAAUUUAAGAUUGACUUACUUCACAGUGAGGGGGGGUCGCAACGACAAAAUAUACAAAAAUUGUAUUUAAAGAAGAUUAACUUAUUGACUCUGAAGUAAACUUUUGUUUAUGAGAGUAAGUUAAUUAAGCUACCCAAAGCUGUGAUACAGAGAUUUAAAAGUGAUUUCCGUAUUAUUUUAAGUAUUGCAUCCAGUGAUCAUUGUGGUCAAUUGAAAGACCAAAUAAGGAUUUUUCCAAUGUUUAAAAAAGAAUUCUUUAAAAAAGAACCCAUUAAACAAUGCUGUUUGAAUCAUAAGUGAUUUUUAAAAAAGAGAAUGCUAUGCUUCUUCUAAUCGUUCAGCUAAUAUUUUUUAUAUUAGGAUGAAAUGCACAAAUGCACCACUUGGGACCAAACUGUUGGAAGAAAAUGUAACUCAGACGGGAAGAAUUCUCACGGCCUAAUUCUGCUAGCUCCUAUAGCACUUUGGUGAAGAUUUCACUCAAAGCUACAAAAAUAACUUUUCUUUUGUUGCUUAUCACAAACCAUUUUCAUGUGUUAACUGACUUUACCAUCAAGCAGUAGGACAUGUUAAACAUGUUAAAUGUUUUAUGAAAGGCUUAUUGAGACAUUAAGGAUUAAAUCCAGAAAGAUGAGGAACUUCUUCCCAAUUGUACAUCUGAGAAAACAAAAUCUCCCAAAGGAAGAGCUGAAAAAAAAUCUGAUAACAGUGGUAACUAGAAAGUUAUUGCAUUUGCAAUACAAGUGGGUGCAUUUUCAAAGCAAAAGGGUUAAAGAUAAAUUUACUGCCCCUUGAAACAAAGACAGUAUAAUUUGCCACUUAGCCUCAAUAUUUGUUUUAAUUUUAAUUUUGGUCCAAGAAAUCUCAUAUGUUGAUUUAUGUAUCAAAACUUAUUUCCAUCUGGUUUUUACUUUUGAGGGACAAAUCUGCCAGUGUUGAAUCAACCAUUGAACAGGAGGAAUGCAAAUCUUAUGCCAGAAUUGAAGCACUAGAAUGUAACUAACAACCUAUUGACUUUCUUGUUUAGGAUGAUAUUUGACCUACGCCAGUGACUGUCAGCUUAUCACCUGCGGUUAAAUUACCAGUGAGAUGAGGGCACACUAUACUGAUGAAAUUAAUGCUUGAAAUGAAAUAACAGUGCAAAACAGGCAGAAAAAUGAAUUUGGGUUCUUGCCAAAGGGGAACUUUUGAAACCACAUUUUAUGAAAAUGAACAGUCAGCUAAACUUAACAUUUUAAUCUAUUAAUCCAAUUAUUUGUAGCGUAAUAAUCUCUUUCAAAUAACUCAAGCUUACUUUGCAAAGCAUCAUUUAGUAGGAACGCUUUGUAGAGGAACACUACCUACACGCAUGGCGAUCGAUUUAACGGUGAGCACCACUCAUCGGCCAAUACAGAUGAGUCAUUUCGUCUUAUUAGCAUUAAACCUAUGAUAUCAAUAUAAUCCUAUCAUGUUUGCGUAGCUUAUUUAGAUCUCUAUCAUAUUCAUAUACACGUUUAUUACAAGUUCAAUUUUUAUUGUAGUCUUUAGUCAUCCUGUGAAUUAAGGGAGAUGCAUGCAGGAAAAAGUACUGAGCCCCAUACUUCCUUCAACAUUUCACUGGUUCUCUGAAAACAAAAUUUUGAAGUGCCAUGAAAUUAUCUCCCUUCCUUCAACAGAGAUGAAACUUAAUUGAGUAGUUUCACUAUUCAAGUUAUAUGUGUUUAUGUAAGGACUGGUUUCAUGUCCCAUAAAGUGGAUAGAGAGGAGCAAUACAAGUAAUAAAGUAACCCUAGAGUAAGCCCCAAAUUCAUCAAAGAAUAGGAAUAACAAACCAGCACUAAAUUUUACAGAGCAGUAAUUAAAUCAGCUGUCUGAACUGGCAAUACUUUUAACCCAAAUCAAUGGAAUAUGGAAAAAUUCAUACUUAUAUUUACGAGAAAGCGAUGACUGCACGUAAAAGCCCUGAUAAAUAAAAGUUUGUAGUCAUCAAAAACCUAGAAAAAUUAAAGACACGGAGCAUUCUAUUCUCUUAUAUAUUUGGUUGAUAAUGCAUAGGCAUAUUUGCAAUUGUGUAUUAUUAUUUGCCUUGUCCAGCUUGCAAAGAUAAAAAUUAACCCAUACAACUCAAAUGUAAAUAAUAUGUUGGAAAAAUUCGUUACAUUCUCUUCAUAGAUGAAGACAGAGUGGUGAUAACAUUAGUUGGGUUUGCAUGUAGAACAUGAAGUCAGCAGCUAUAGAAUAGAACUUGAUCUGAGAAUGAAGCACAAUCCUACUGUAAUGCUGACACCACUGUGUCUGUGAAGCUUAACAUAUUUGAGGAUGCAUGGAUAAAAUUGAAUUUACUAAAAUUAAAAGCAGUACAUAGGGUUGCACGCUUGUGAAAUCAGUGUGCUUUCACCAGCAAACAACAAAUGAGAAGCAUGUAACUUAAAUUCUAAUAAAGAUGUGUAGAAAUUAGUUUGGUGUGAUAUGUCCAACCACUGGACUUCUGUCCUGCGGUGCAGUCGUGUUAUUAGAAAAAUAAAAUAGUUGCUAUGGUGAUUUCCACAUCCCCAAAGAUCACAAA